AUGGCCGCCGCGGGGCCCAGCGUGAAAGAGCUUGCCUCGCAACUCUACGACGCCUGCUCAGAACAGUUCUCUACAGACCACACUUUCUACCAACAAGACCUCCUCAGUCUCGGUGUCAUCCCCAAUGAUGACCUUUCACUCCUCCUGGAAUGCGCCCAGUCGCUAGUGAAUCAAAAACUAUUCCGACUUCUCGAGGCCCAGAACAAGCGCCUUGUCUGGCGCCUGGUGGGCCGUGAAGAUGCUGAAAAACUCAAAAACCUGACCGGCGACGAGGGCCUGGUCUUCACCGUCAUCCAUUCCAGCGGCCGCUCUGGCGUCUGGGUUCGCACCAUCCAAUCCCGAACCAAUCUCCACAAAUCCAUCCUAGACCGUUGUCUCAAGUCUCUCGAGGGCAAAAACUACAUCAAAACCGUCCACAAUGUCAAACACCCCACCAAGAAGAUGUACAUGCUGGCGGGCCUCGCGCCAGGCGAGGACGUCACCGGUGGCGCGUGGUUCACCGACGGUGUGCUAGAUGCCCAUUUCAUCAACACCGUGGCUGGCUUCAUCGAAUACACCGUCAGUCGUAAGAGUUGGUACGAAGUCCCCGCCGACCACGGCAGAACCGCCAAGCGACUUAAAACGGCAACCGGCAAAGCCGACAUCAAUGACCCUUCUGAAAAAUCUUAUCUACCCUAUCCUCCAGCUUACACUGGAUAUCCGACUGCCGAAGAAAUCACCCGCGCUGUUAACAAGAGUGCUAUCACCCCGGUACAGCUUGGGGAAGAGAGUAUUGUCCAGCUGUUACAGAUGCUCUGCUUUGAUAGAAAGCUUGUUGAUUUGAGCAACGGCAAGUAUUACAAAUCUCUCAAGAAUCCCGCUCUUGUCAAGGCCGCUCAAGCCCGAAAGCCAGCAGAGGGCGAAGAGCCUCAUCCUGCUAUCGAUCUGGGGAAGAACGGCAUGACUGAGUCACCCUGUGGACCAUGCCCAAGCUUCCGUCUCUGCACCCCUGGUGGAUCCAUCAGUCCCGAGACCUGUGAAUACUUUGACCCCUGGUUCGAGAAGGUACUUGGCUUUUGA